GGAGGAGGAUGCGCCGGCGGAGCAGCCACGAAGCGGGGAAGACGCGUUCCCCGUGUCAAACGCGGGGCAGCGAUCCGGACCUUCUGAACCUCGUUCCUUUCAUUCCCUGCACCAACUUGGUCCAUUGAAGCACCACAGAACUGAAGGCGAUGGGGCGGAGAAAGGGAGGAAGCAAGUAAAGAAGGCGACAAAGUAGAGCAAGGAUUGGAAACUUCUGUCCAAAGGGGGAAAGGUGUCGCUUGGUUUUGACUCAAUGGGCGCCUUGGAUUCCUUCGCUGGAGGAGGUGGAGGAGGAGCAGCCGGGGCAGGAGGGGGCUCGGGCCACCCCACCUCUUUGAGCAGCAUGCUGAACGGGGCCGAGAGCCAAAGCUUCGCCAAGGAGCCUCCCGAUCUCCCGGCAACUUCCAAAGAGACCGAAAACGAGUUAAAACUCGGCGUCCACACGGAGCGCUUCUACUACCCGCAGGAGCCGCCGAUGCAGAGCAAUGUGGGGCUGAACUACAUGGGGCAAGGCGGCUUUGGAGCGGGAAACGCGGCGCUGCCCUCCCCGGGAAGGUUUCUCGCUCCUCCCGCGAGCAGUUGCGCUUCCUACCGUCCUCCGCCGCCUCCGGGAGGCUUCUCGGCGCCCAGCAGCGAGCUCUACCCGAACCCGGGGGAACUCUACCCCGGGGAGAGCGGCUACCCGGCCCCUGCACAGCCCCCCGCCUUUCCCCGAGGGCCACUCUACCCGGUGCCCGGCUACCAGGUCUCCGGCAAGGUCCAGGUCGUGCUCAACAACUAUCCGCUUUGGGCCAAGUUCCACAAGCACCAGACCGAGAUGAUCAUCACCAAGCAGGGCAGGCGGAUGUUCCCGUUUCUGAGCUUCAACAUCUCUGGGCUGGACCCUGUGGCCCAUUACAGCAUCUAUGUGGACAUUAUAUUAGUCGACCAGCACCAUUGGCGGUACCAAGGCGGGAAAUGGGUUCAGUGUGGAAAGGCAGAGGGAAAUAUGCCAGGGAAUCGGACCUAUAUGCACCCGGAUUCUCCCAACACAGGAGCCCAUUGGAUGCGGCAGGAGAUCUCCUUUGGGAAACUGAAGCUCACCAAUAACAAAGGAGCAUCCAACAAUGUCACACAGAUGGUUGUGUUGCAGUCUUUGCACAAGUAUCAGCCCCGCCUACAUGUUACUGAAGCUAAGCCUGGUGAGCUGGACGAGGCGCACCCUUCCAUCUGCACCCAGAGCUUCACCUUCCCAGAGACACAGUUCAUUGCAGUUACAGCCUACCAGAACGCUGAUAUCACCCAGCUGAAGAUAGACCACAAUCCUUUUGCUAAAGGGUUCCGGGACAACUAUGACUCGAUGUACACCACCACAGAUGGAGACCGCACGACGCCAUCUCCACCCAGUGUUGCUAAUUGCCAGCAGCUCCUCAGUGGAGGCCGUUUCCAGCCCUUUUUGCAUGAUCAGUACAUGCUCCCCCAGAGUCGUUUCUACAACAGGGAGCGUGCCCCACUCCCACUGCCACCCAAGGAUACCCACCACUGGUAUUUUGCUUCACAACAGCCCACAGCUUCUCCUCUGGAAUAUGGCACAUAUGAGGGUGACUUCAGAGGGAACAAAUUCAUGCCCUAUGGGGUGAAGCCCUUUGCUCUGCAGGCCUCUCCACACCCAUCGUUGCCCUACUACCAGGAGCACCCCUUUGGUCCCUCUGCUACCUGGAGUUCCCCACCGCAGUAUCACCAUCCCAAGCCCACUCCAGGCACCUUGAGCUGGUUCCGGCCCAUGAGGGACUUGCAAGUGGUGGCCCCUAGCGAUGAGAAGGGGAAGGACAACGAAGUCUGGGCUGAGCUGGGCUCAGUAAAGUCAGCAGAUUCCUCAGACUCUGGGUUGUAUGAAGCAGAGUGUAAGCGCCGCCGGGUGUCUCCUUACGUCUCCAGCGCCGAGAGCUCUCCGCCUAUUCGCAACGGAGAGCUCUAUGACAAAGAAGGUGGUGACGGUGGUUACUAUGGCUUUUAUGGCAACUGAAGAGGAAUAAUAACUUUCACAAGAAAUGCUGGUGCUUGGAAGUAUUACCUUUUCAGACUUGAACUCCCCAAAUCCUUCAGGCCACAACGGCUUGGGGAUUAUGGGAGGUAUAGUCCAAAAAGUAACUGUCAUGUUCUAGGAAAGGAGAGGAGUCCUUCGGAACACUCAGCUCUCCUGCACUCAUAUCAGGGGUACCCCACAUGAUGGGAACUCCUUCUUGUUUGAGGGAAAGGUAUGCACCUUUGUGAGCAUAGCUGAGAGUAUUGCUAGGGCAUAGAAUAAAGUUCUUUCUAGUCAAGUGUCCCCUUUAUUCCGCAACUUCUAGUGUUAAGCACCGAUUCACAUGGACCUUUGUGAACAGAGGAUAUGCAAGGCCACAUGACUUGUGUGCCCAGUUACAGACUCUUGAAGGGCUUCUUUUGCUCUUGUAUGGGACAAAUGAGAAGCACAGACAUGCACAUUUAAUAGUAGGAUACAGACAGAACCCACCUGCAGUGUUAUCUUCACACUUCUGUCCCUAUCUUUGUUUAAUUUGGGGGCUGUGCUAUUUCCACAUACCUAAGAGUAGAGUUGAAAAUAAAUUCCUGAUAGAUUUAUAAUUUGGCCAAAGUCGUGAUAUGAAAUUCAACCUGAAAGCAUCCCUUAAACACAAACCCCUAAUAGAAUUGUAAUACCAUAUUUGCUAAGUGUCACCUUGUUGGCCUUAGCCUUCUGAAUUCAUUUAAGACCAUCUAUUCUUAGAAAUAGACUUGUAUGUAUUGCAACCUGCA